AUGGCGGUACCGGCAGCGUCAAGGAGAGCAGCUGCGUCGUCUCCAGUGGUCGUGCCAGCGUCAUCGAAAGGAUGGGUGAAGAAUCUUCCAGCAAUAGCCUCUCGAAUCUAUUUCUUCCUUAUCAUUCUUCAGGUCCCUCUCUUUAGGGUGCCAUGCCGAUCCGAGAUGUUUAAAUCACCAAUUCACGUGACGUCUUCCCAACUCAUUUCUAGCGAUAUCUUUCCCGUUCCAGUUGUGAAAGCCCUCCUCUAUCCUGGCGCUGUGGUGAAUGAUCUUGUAACAAAGAGGACAGUUCCAUCUUGGGAUGGCUUACUUGAUAUGUAUAACUUGACAACGGUGAAGGAUGCCUCUCCGGUUACGGAUCUCCGGUGCUUGGAGGUUUGUCUCUUUGAACAUUAUCUCACUCUUCAUUAG